GUUUCCUACCUCACGGAUAACCUCUGCGUGAACUAAUGUUUGCUUCCUGUUUGCUGUAGUGGAACAGCAUGGCUUCAUCUGCGAAGAGGCGAGCUAUUGAAACGGGACAAAAACCCCAAGACAGCGCUGAAAGCUCGGACGAGGGUCUGGAAAACUCUGGCGACGAGGACAGUGGAAAUUCAGAAGAGGAAAUAAACGAGGAGGUUAUUGUGGACUUUGAAGCACACGCGAUAUCUGACAACGACUUUCAUGGCAUUAAAACCCUUCUGCAGCAGCUGUUCCUGAAGUCUCACGUGAACACGUCUGAUCUGACUGACAUCAUCAUCCAGCAGAAUCACAUCGGCAGCGUCAUCAGACAAGCGGAGGUACCGGACGACAGUGAUGAUGAAGCCGACCCAGACGAGGUGUUUGGAUUCAUCAGUAUGGUGAACCUCACCGAGAGACAGGGUGUGGAGUGUCUGGAGCAGCUGAAGGACAUGCUGAUAGAGCGGUGUGUUAAAGCCAGCUCCCCGGAUGUUCAGGAGCGCUUCGAGCAGCUGCUGCUGGAUAAGGUACAGUCUGUCGGGCUGCUGCUGAGCGAGAGAUUCGUCAACGUCCCGCCACAGAUCGCCCUCCCCAUGCACAAACAACUUCAGAAGGAAAUGGCUGAAGCACAAAGGACCAAUAAACCCAGCGGUAAAUGCCAGUUCUGCCUGAUGAUCAGCAAAACCUGUAAAGCAGCCAAGAAGAGCAGAUCUGGAGCAGCUCAACCUAAAGAAGAGCUGCUGUUCGUGAACGACGAGGAGGAGUUCUUCUAUGAGCAAGCCACGCUGAAGUUCAGCUACUGCGUUCAGGACGAGGCUGAUUCCUGUGCGACGGGAAAGUGGUCAUACGAUGACGUUCCGAUGAAGCCGUACCGCACAGUGAUGGUGAUCCCAGCGGACAGGAUGGGAGCCGUCAUGGAUAAAAUGACUGAAUAUCUGAGUGUCUGAACCCUGGAAAAAAGAUGUUUACUGUCCCAGGCCUUUAUUGUAUGAACUUGCCACAAAACAGUUUAACACCGUCACCCAAAACCAGUGAAAUAAUCUAUUUCUGUACAUAAGUAGAUUAAAUUUCCCACAAAAUAAACGACCCAAACAGGA